ACUACUACUAAUUUGAUGAGUAAAUUACUCAACUACUACUACUUAUUUAUUACAGGGGGGACCCCCCUAAUCCUAGAGAGCAGAGAGGGGGAACUCCUGGGAGGGGAUUUUGGGCUGAAUGUUGGUGUUUUGGAAGUUUUUAUGGACACAAGAUGCCCGGUGAGUUCUAGAGCUGGACCUGGGCAGGAGGAACCCCCAAGGCAACGUGCUCACCCCUUGUUUUUCCCUCCCCAGCAGGAUUUCUGCUUCCCAAAGCUUGGGUGGAUGGAGGAGGAGGCUGCGAGGAAGAGGAAGAUGCCGCGGGCCCCCCAGGCAGGCCCUGAGGUGAGGCCGGAGACCGCGGAGGACAAAUCCCCCCGGCAGAGCCUGGUGGGAGAGGCUGUUUUGAAGGGCUCCCCGGCGCAGGAAGGCAGCGGGGAGGAAAAGGGACGGAGAUGCCCUCGGAGGAGGGGCUCCAAAGCCAGCCCAGGGGUCUCUGAGGAGGAAAGAGCCAGCGUGUGCCAGGAAGGUGGCCGGAGCUUGAGGCGGAGCUGCGAGCUGGUGGUCCCUGAGCAUCCUCCCAGCAGGGAAAAGCCCUUCAGGUGCUUGGAAUGUGGGAAGAGCUUCAGCAACAGCACCAACCUCCUCAAGCACCAGCACAUCCACACUGGGGAACGGCCUUACACGUGUGGGGAAUGUGGGAAGAGCUUCAGGGACCGCUCCACCCUUCAUCGCCACCAGAUGAUCCACACUGGAGAACGGCCCUACGAAUGCUUGGAGUGUGGGAAGAGCUUCAGAGACAGCUCCACUCUCCUCACCCACCAGCACAUCCACACUGGGGAACGGCCCUACACAUGUAGGGAAUGUGGGAAGAGCUUCAGGAGCAGGUCUGCUCUCUGCACCCACCGUCGCAUCCACACCAGGGAGGGGCCCCAACGGACCCACCGGUAAUGGAAGCCCUGAGUGCCCCGACUGCGGGAAGAGCUUUGGCUGCUGCUCCAACUCCAUCAGCCAUCGGUGGACCCGUGUUGGAUGAUCCACAGGGACCCAUGUUGGGCACAGACCUGGUGACCAACAUUCCUGGUGACCCCUGUUUAGCAGAGACCUGGUGCUAGAAUAGAGUUCAAACCUGGAAGAAGAAUAAGGACUGGCACAUCUGAUGAGAAGGAGAAGACUCCAGUUCCCGGAUAACAUGAAGGUCAGGAUGGUCUCCCCAAAGAAAAACCCUGAGAGACACCUGGUGUGAAAGGAUGUACUGAGGGAUGGGGCCAGUGAAGGUCCCACAGCCUUUCUUCACAACCAUCCUGGAGGGUGGGAAUAGGGAACCUUUUUGAUCUCUGUUAUUUAUUUGUCAAGAAAGAAUAGAUGCCUGUCACGCUACCCCAAAUUUACCUUUGUGACUAAAGUAACUCAAAACUCCACCUAAACCUGAAAAAUAGUCUAAAAAGAAGUCAAGGCUAAGGAGAAAUGGAAGGAAGAUUUGCAUUGAAAGUGCUGGAUGGGCUGAGGGGCUGAUCCUGCCUUCCCUUCCCCUUUCAGGUGGCUCAUGGGGUGAGAAAUUUAAAGUUCUGCAUGCUGAUUUAUUGCUUUUACAGAAUUGGAGUUUGCUUUUGCUUCCCAGUGUUUUAGUAGAUUGCUGGUUUGGUUUAGAGUUUGUGCUUUGGUUGCUUUGUGGUGUUCUUGCUGUGUUUGAAGUGUGUUUUUGUAGCCAGAGCCUCUCAGUGAGGACUACAAGCUUUUCUGAGCUCGUCAGGGUUUGUAUUGAUAGAGUGCUAUUGGGUGAGCUGCUGCAGGGAUUCCUUUGUGAAGGUGCUGCCAGUUUGUGGGCAGUGGAAUAAGUGGUGGGAGAUUGUGCUGAGGGAGUUUCCCUGUCCCUGGGAAGUGGCAGUGCUCGAAAAGGGUGAUGGAAUCCCCUGCCCUUGGGAAUGUGUUUGGGGCAGAGUUGGUGUGGGGAACAGCCGAGAGCCCAGACUGGACUGAUAUGGUUUUGGCUUCCCUGGGGCACUAAUAGGCAAAUAGACCUUUGAAGAGUGGGGUAAAUGUCCUCUGACCCUCUGUUUUCCAUGCCCCCCCCCGGGUUGAACCCCCCCUUAAAGUGGUGGUCGAGGUACAUCCUUAAAUGCCCUCAUUAAAGCCUGGGGGACAAACGUGGUUCAGUCACCCCUCUAGAAUUGAUCUAAAUUUCAGCUGUUGGCACAAUGCAAGGCUGAGAUUGGAUCCAGCAGCCCCCAGCACCCAGAGUAAGUUGGGAUCUCAGGGGGACCACCCCCUUUUCCCAACCCUCCAGUGUCCAAAGACCCCCAUAAGACCGUCCA